AUGAUCCUCAUAGAAGACUUGGUCAGAGAAACAGAUCCCUGGUCAGACUGGAGACCUGAGAGACUGAGGGAGACCACAGCAGCAGACGAAGAUGAGGGUGAAGAACUCACUGCAACCCACCCUGAAGAGGGGAGGGAGGAAGAGGGGAGGAGCGAGGAAGGACUAACUCUAGAGACUGACUCUGAGAAGUGGAGAAUAGAGGAGGAGAAGGGGGCAGCAGAGCAGGAGGGCCAUGAGGAAGAGCGAGGGAUGGAGGAAGAGAGAAAGCUGGUUGGAGGGCUUGAUUACAGAGAGAAGAAGAUAUUUGAAAAUGGGGAGAUAGAAGCUGAUGAGGAACAUGAAGAGGAGGAGGAGAGAAGAGAUAAUGGAGAGGGGAGACAUGAAGAAGGGAUUAGAUUAGAUGAUGAGGAGAGAGGUGUUAAGGAACAGAGAGCAUAUGGAGGAGAGGAGAAACUAGAAGAAGACCGGAGAGUUGGGGAAGUUAAAGAACCCAGUGUAGAUCAAGUUCCAGAGUCUGCCACUCAUGCUCUCGCUCAACCUGCCAGUCAUAUCCAAGACCCGGCUCCAGAGGCAGAGGAGGCCAUCUCAUUGGUGGACAGUGAGCUCAUUGUGGUUCAGAGUGUGACUGACAGCUCCCAGACAAAUCUCAGGGAGGGGGAGAGUUUUGUUUCGCAGGCGAUGGAGGUCAAAGUUGGCCCAAUUAUCAAGGUUUCAGUCAAUGGCAAUCAGACUGAGAGGAACAGCAUUGUCUUUCUCAAAGAGACAAAAAAUACAGUCAAGCAGCUAAAGUCUACAGACAAACCAAAACAAGCAAAACCCACAGCCAAGGAACUGCAACCUACAGCCAAACCAAAAGAGAUGACAAAACCAACAGCCAAACCCAAAGUGACUGUACAGACAAACUCCACAUCCAAAACACAACAGACAAACCAUACACCCAAAACACAACAGGCAAAACCCACAGCCAAGGAACUGCAACCUACAGCCAAACCAAAAGAGAUGACAAAACCAACAGUGACAGUACAGACAAACCCUACACCCAAAACACUAGACACAAAGUCUAUACCCAAAACACUACACACAAACUCCACAUCAAAAACACAACAGACAAACCAUACACCCAAAACACAACAGACAAAACCUACACCCGAAACACAUCUGACAAAGCCUACACCUGAAACACAACUGACAAAGCCUAGACCUGAAACACAACUGACAAAACCUACACCCAAAACACUACAGGCAAAACCUACACACAAAACACUACAGACGAAACCUACAUCCAGAACACAACAGACAAAACCUUCACCCAAAACACAACAGACAAAACCUACAGCCAAACCAGCAGUGUCAAAACACACAAUGGAGCUGACACAGACCACCAAGAGUAUCAAGACAAAGACAGUGAAACAUCAAAAGAAAGACAAAAUAAAUGAGAGGAAAGGUAAACCUCUGAAAAAGGACAACAAAACCAAAGAGACAAAACAGGAGAAGAAGGAGGGCACAAAUCCGGCAUACUUCCCCUACUUCAAAGACAACUACUGUCCCCCGGAGUGUGCCUGCUAUGGACGAGUGGUCCAGUGUUCCGACAAGGGGCUGGAGAAGGUUCCGUACGGCAUCCCUUAUAACUCCCGCUACGUCCUCCUGAUGAACAACCGCAUCGACAGCAUUCAGCUGGACCUGCUCAAUGAGUACCUGUCCAUGGAGUUCCUGGUGCUCAGCAACAACCGGCUGACAGACGGCUCCAUCGAGGGGGCCUUCGAGGGCAUCCCGGCCCUGAGGCGGCUCUACCUGGACCGGAACCUACUGGAGAGCGUGCCCACAGACCUGCCCGCCUCCCUGGAAGAGCUGCGUCUGGAUAACAACCACCUGAACGUGAUGUCGGAGGGAGCCUGGGCCCACUGCCCUGGCCUGCUGGUCCUCAGCCUCAACAACAACAGCCUGGGGAAUGGGAACGAUACUCUCCCCGCCAGUGUGCUCUCACCUCUGGGCAGCCUGCGCACCCUCAGCCUGGACCGCAACCGGCUGGCCUCGGUGCCUCUGGGCUUACCGCUAUCUAUCAGGGAGUUGUACCUCCGUGGCAACCUUAUCCAGAAGUUCCCAGGGGAGGCCUUCAUGGGCACCUCAGAGCUGGUGAUUCUGGAUUUGAGCGCUAACCGGCUAACCAACCAUGGCCUGCUCAGGAAGGGCAACCAGCUCAAGAAGGUACCCCGCCACCUCCCCUCUUCCCUCAAAACCCUCAACCUGGAGGGCAACCUCAUCUCCUCCGUGGGCAAAGCCUCCUUCCUCCACCUCCCCCACCUGGAGCACCUGGGCCUGGCCAGUAACAAGAUAGCCAGGGUGGCCUCAGGGGCUUUCAGGGCGCUGCCCGUUCUGCACCAACUGGACCUGUGUCACAACGCCCUGAGCCAGGUGCCCAGGCAGCUGCCCUGGGGGCUACACUCAGUGGCACUCACACACAACAAGAUCCACUCAGUGCCCCGCGACGCCUUCUGCUGGGGGGGUUCAGACCUCGGCCUCAGCAGCCUGGUGCUGGUGCAGCUGGAGCACAACCUCAUAGACCUGGGCCACCUGGACGCAAAAGCCUUCCACUGCCUCAGAGGCUUCCAGGUGGUACACUUCUACUGA